UUGCUUAUUAGAUGGUACACUUAACAACUUUUGCAAGAUAAAGACCAUCAAAGCAUUGGCGAUGCCUGCGCUGCCCAUCACUGCUUACCCCGGCCCUGCUUUUAGUGACUGGUGCUAAUCUGGCCUGUAACCUGCUGUGGACAUUGUGAGGCAGUAGAUACAACAGAACACUGCCUGAGAGGCAUCAUCUCUUAGAUCUCUGUCUGGCUGAUAGCUUCAAGAAGCAGCCUCUCGUGAAGGUCAGCUGUGAUGGCCGAGGCUGCCCCCGCUGGCGCUGAGGGUGGCGAGGGUGUCGUACCCUCCCCGCGCCGACGGCCCGACAUCGACACCCCCGACCCAGCCGACUCGCCACGCAAAGGCGCCAGUAACAUCUCCACGAGCACGAGCAGUUUCGAGGCAGGGGUGCAGCACGACCCUAAUCUGAACAGACUGGCGGUGAACAUGUUCACCAAGACCGAACAGUACCUGCAGGGUGAACUGGACGCCGUUCUGGGCGAGUACCACCUGCUAACCGAGAUGAACCGCCGCACAGAAGCCAAGUACCGUGAAAUGCGCGACACUGGCCGGGAAACGCAGACGGCCAUUGAACUCCUCAACGCCAAAUACCUGGAAUUGGAACCGUGUCUUAGGCAACUGGAGGAGGUUGACCGAAGUCUUGCCAAGCUGGAGUCGGCCGCCAUUCAGCUGGACUCGUACUCCAAACAGCUGGAGAAUCGGUGUCGAGCGCUGGGAUCGCGGUGAACAGUGCAUGGUGGUACGGUAUGAUCGCGGUAAAAUGUUCAGGGGACUGAGGUGGAUAUGUGGAUACCAGUGUUGCGUGCUCAGGAGAGUGUCUCUGCACAUUUUUUAGUGGACAUACUGAUGAAGACAUUGUAAUAGUUUCCAUAAAAAGUGAAAGUGGUAUUGGUACUGGCUUCAAAAGUUACUCACCGAAAAUUUCCGUCAGAUUCAAGGUAGGACAUCGACUUAAUAUUGAAAUAGGGUUUGUCAUGUUGACAUUGUAUCAAAAUGUAGGCUGGCGACUGAUGAGUGUCUUCUGAGCUUACAUUCGAAGUACCUAUGUAUAGCUUUGACGUGAGCCUGUGCGCAUUGAUUAAUCCCCACAUGUACCUACUGUGUUGCCCGUGUUCUUUAUGCAUGGGAAAGCACUAGGAGAUCUGUCAAAAUUUCAGGGGGGGGGGGGUGGGUCCAGGCUGGGCAGAUGGAGGCGGGCUGGAUGCAGUACCAUUGACUUACAUAGCAGUAAUUUGCUUUCAGGGGGGUCCUGACCCCCCCCCCCCCGACCCCCCCGAAAUCUCCACCUUUGUGGGAAAGUAUACAGGGGGUUACCCUCCGACAGUCAUUGAUCAGUACAGACCGGAUGGUAACUGAUAUACUGGCUCGACAAAUGAACGCUGACGUCACAGUCUUUGUGAUUAGGCGGUUGGCAUAGGUCUGGCUCUGUACGUGUAAAAAUCGAUUGGGCUAUUGUAUGGUUGACGAUUGUAUAACCUUGCUUGGACGUUCGUCGCGUGGGAUUGUAUUGCUGGUGCCAUUUUUGUGUUUCUGUUAUGUUUGAUAUUUACGAAAGCAAGCUUUGUUCAUUCUGGCUGGGGUGUUGUCACAUUUCCGAUGCACGUGAACAAUACAUUAUAUUAUUUGUGA